GUCCAGCCGUUAGGCGGCAGUAAUGUCAUCUCAGCCGCCCGCCUUCUACACAGUGAAGGACUAUCUACUGGAAUCACUUCCUGUGCGUUAUACAAAAACAACACGCUGGAGGUGAAAGCUGCUCUGGUCUGUGCCUGAUGCUGUCCAGUGCUCUUCGCUGCCUGCGUCCCUCCACCUGCACACUUACCUUAACCAGACAGCUGACCCAUCACCGGCCUCACAUGGGUCCUGUAGAGACCACAAUACGGGCCAAACUGACCCAGACCCUCAAACCUGCGCAUCUGGAGGUCAUAAACGAGAGUCACAUGCAUGCUGUGCCUGCUGGUUCAGAGUCCCACUUCAGAGUUCUGGUGGUGAGUCCUCAGUUUGAGGGUCUUUCCCUCUUGCAGCGUCAUCGGCUUGUAAACGAGACCCUGCAGGAGGAGCUCAGCAGCUGCAUUCAUGCGCUUGCCAUCCAGGCGAAGACGCCCCAGCAAUGGAGCAGCAACCCCAGCCUGGCCAAAAGCCCCCCGUGCAUGGGAGGAUCCAAACAUGAUGACACAAUGACAGAGAAACUGAAGGCGGGCCGAGACUGACUGUCAUUUCAGAAACAGAAACUCAGUGUUGAUGGGUAUUUAAUAUUAUAAUAAUCAGUUAUGAAGUUAAUCAGAUGGUUUUUUGCACAUUUAACUCAUGCAUAUUUCUCAUCUGGAGCUGACUAGGACUAAUACUUAAUAAAUAACUGAUGUCAUACAAA